UAUCGCGCCACUUGGCAUCAACUUCGACAUCCGUUUGCCCAUUUCAGUUCUCUGGGGCCGGACAGCAUUGUGAUGCCGGUAAUCGAAAAAUGAGGAGUUUGGUUUGAAGAUACUCGGCACGUUGCCUUGAAGGAGGCCUUUGCUUCAUCUCCCAUCUCAAAGUCACUAACGGUUGGGAUCUAAAGAUUCUGAAAAGGAUGGAUCCAAGAAGUCCAAUAGAAGAUCAGUUCUCUAAGCUGCACCCAUGCUUGCCAUUGGGCACGAGGAUUGGGAUCGUUGGGGCUGGUCCCAGUGGGAUAUCAGCUGCCUAUGCAUUAACCAAGCUCGGGUACACGAAUAUCACUGUCUUUGAGAAGCACCAUUCUGCUGGAGGCAUGUGUGAGUCGGUCGAGAUCGAAGGAAGGAUCUAUGAUCUGGGAGGACAAGUUCUGGCUGCUAACAGUGCGCCGGUGAUUUUCCACUUAGCAAAUGAAAUUGGAGCCGAACUAGAAGAAAUGGACUCUCACAAGCUCGCUCUAAUUGAUAGCUCCACAGGAGCUUACAGGGACAAUGAAGUUGCAAAUGAUUAUGUGUCCGUGGUUUCACUGACAUUAGAACUGCAGGAUAAAGCCAAGGAUUCAAAUCGUAUCGGUGUGCAUGCUGUGAGCGAAUUUGCUUCAGACUUGACCCCUGCAUAUCUUGAGGCCCGUGGGUUCAGAUCGAUCCCCAAAUCAGUGCAAUAUGGUUACACCGCCUCCGGAUACGGGUUUGUGCCGGACAUGCCCUAUGCAUACAUCCAUGAGUUUACUAGGACUUCCAUCGCGGGAAAAAUUCGGCGCUUCAAAGGAGGAUACACAAGCCUCUGGGAGAGGAUCGGUAAUUCAAUUCCAAUAAAACUUCUUGCCAACACUGAAGUACUAUCAGUCAGACGGGAUUCCUCGGUUGUUCACAUCGAAGUAAAGAGUAGUAGUGGAGGAGCUGAAGCAGAACACAUAGAGUAUGAUAAGAUCAUCAUAUCGGGCUCGUUUCCCUUCAAGAAUGCAAAAGCUUACCGAUCGCCAACCUCAACUUCCAAAGCAGAACCUGAGAGUAAGGUAUUGGAUAUGAGUGAGCUAGAAAAGGAGCUUUUCAGCAAAGUGCGUACGAUUGAUUACUACACCACUGUCCUGAAGAUCAAGGGGUUCGAACACAUUCCCGUGGGUUUUUACUACUUUGGAGAAUACAUGGAAGACCCCACAACAAUUGGGAAUCCGGUUGCUAUGCAGAGAUUCCAUGCCGACACUGAUAUUUUCCUAUUCUGGUCUUAUGGAAACUCGGCGAAUGUCGCAGGACCCGCUGUCAAAGAACUCGCCAUCAAAGCGGUUAAUUCCAUGGGAGGAGUAGUCAGAAAGGAGAUUCUGCAGAGGCGAUUUAAGUACUUUCCUCAUGUUGGACCUGAAGAGAUGAAGAAUGGAUUUUAUGAAAGACUGGAAUAUGAGCUUCAAGGCCUCAGAAACACAUAUUAUGUAGGAGGCCUGAUGGCAUUUGAACUUACUGAGAGGAAUUCAUCUUACGCAAUGGCUCUGAUCUGCAAACACUUUGCAACUACCAAUCCUGCACCUCCAUUUCCCUAUGUGAAGAGUUUGUUCCAUUUGAGACUGGAUCAAGACAAGAAACAUCCAAAGAUCCUGAGUGAAUCGCCUGGAAUCGAGUUCCCCGAUCUCUCUACGCUCAAUGAAUAUCUCAAGCACUGGGGAACUCAUGAGGUCUCAAAGAACAAGAUGCUCUAUACGUGGAUCAACGACGAAGGGGCAGCGGUGGCUCAAAGGACCUAUGGAGAACUAGAAGCAAAUGCUGCUUUCAUUGCCCAUAAACUGCUGACGAGCCAAAAACCUUCCAUCAAGAGAGGCGACCGGGUUUUGCUUGUCCACCCCCCGGGCUUGGACUUUGUUGAUGCCUUCUUUGGGUGCUUAAGGGCCAGAGUCAUUCCAGUCCCGGUCCUUCCUCCUGAUCCUCUGCAGAGGGGUGGACAGGCUUUGAUGAAGAUCGAGAAUGUUGCGAAAGUGUCUAAUGCGGUCGCAAUCCUGUCCACUGUGGGCUACCACGUGGCGGUUCGGGCAGGUGCAGUGAAGAGCUUGAUAACCUUCCCGGGGAAAAAUGUUAAGAACCCUGCUCGCUGGCCCGAUCUCCCGUGGUUGCAUACAGACUCUUGGGUUAAGAACUUGAAGAUCGCGCCUUCCCAUGAAACCUCCGAUCUCUCCGAGUCUCUGCCCGAUGAUCUAUGUUUCCUGCAGUUCACUUCAGGCUCAACAGGCGAUGCUAAAGGUGUAAUGAUAUCUCAGGGAGGACUCAUUCAUAAUGUGAAAAUGAUGCGGAGGAGGUACCUCAGCACUUCAAACACGGUGCUCGUGAGCUGGCUUCCUCAGUACCAUGACAUGGGGCUGAUUGGAGGUCUCUUCACGGCUCUCGUCAGUGGCGGUUCAGCCAUCCUAUUCUCACCAAUGACGUUCAUCAAGAACCCACUCAUGUGGCUUCAGACGCUGAGCAAGUACAGGGCCACUCACAGUGCAGGCCCCAACUUCGCAUUGGAGCUCGUAAUUCGGAGGCUUGAGUCAGACAAGGCCAAGACCCAUUACUAUGAUCUCUCAUCCUUGGUUUUCUUCAUGGUUGCUGCAGAACCUGUUAGGCAGAAGACACUAAAGAAGUUUGUCAAGCUUACCCGACCUUUUGGCCUUUCUGAGGAAGUUAUGGCUCCAGGUUAUGGCCUUGCUGAAAAUUGCGUCUUUGUGAGUUGCGCGUUUGGCAAAGGGAAGCCGAUCCUGGUAGACUGGCAGGGGAGAAUUUGUUGUGGGUAUGUAGUUUCAAACGACGAAGAUGUAGAUCUCAGAAUAGUCGAUCCCGAUAAAGGUGUAGAGAAAGAAGAAGGGACUGAAGGAGAGAUUUGGAUUUCUAGUCCUAGUGCCGGAAUCGGGUAUUGGGGCAGAGAUGAGCUUAGCCACAAAACUUUCAGGAAUGAACUUCCAAACUACAUGGGAAGAAAGUAUACGAGAACGGGAGACUUGGGUCGAAUAAUCGAUGGGAAGUUGUUCAUCACUGGAAGAAUCAAGGAUCUAAUAAUCAUAGCCGGAAGAAACAUAUACUCCGCAGAUGUAGAAAAGACUGUUGAGAGCACAUCAGAGCUCUUGCGUCCCGGGUGCUGCGCUGUCGUCGGAGUUCCUGAGGAUGUUCUCUCCACAAAAGGAAUCUCUGUUCCUGAUAUGUCAGACCAGGUAGGACUUGUUGUCAUUGCCGAGGUUAGAGAUGGAAAACCUGUGGAUAAAGAUGUUGUUAAACAGAUCGAGGCCCGUGUGGCGGAGGAACACGGGGUGGCUGUUGCUUCAGUAAAGCUGAUCAGACCUCGAACUAUCAGUAAAACGACUUCAGGGAAGAUCAAGAGGUUCGAAUGCCUCAAGCAGUUCGUUGACGGGACGCUCAACGUGGUCCCAGAUCCAAUUGUCUCGAAGCGAUCUUUGACUCGGUCCUUCACCACCGGAACUUGCCAGGCAGGGAGAACUCCUCGACCGGAGCUGAGCACAAGUCUUUUAUCACCACCAAGUCAUACAUUAGGCAACAAUGAGAUCGUGGAGUUUCUCAAAGGGCUCGUGAGUGAUCAAACAGGAAUUCCCAUCAAGAACAUCUCUCCUACUGAAAGCCUCACUUCUUAUGGAAUCGACUCAAUCGGAGUGGUGAGAGCUGCCCAGAAACUCUCGGACUUCCUCGGGGUUCCUGUUGGAGCAGUAGACAUCUUCACCGCCACAUGUAUUGCCGAUUUGGCAAACUUCUCCGUAGGCCUCCUAAUGAGGUCUCAGCCCCAACAAAAAACUGCUGCAGCAAACCUUCCCGAGCCUGAGAUUCUCUCUUCCCAAUUUGCGACUGAUGCUUCAAGGUUCCAUCAGUUGGGUAUCUGGUGCUUCCAACUUAUCGCUCUUCUUUAUGUUUCCAUGAUGCUCAUCCUCCCCGCUUACUUGUCAGUUUCGGGCUUUUCAAGUUUGGUCUUGAGCCUCCAAGGAUUGACAGACGGGUUUCCCUGGGUUUCUUACACCCUAUCACUGAUACUAGCUCCUUUUUCAUGGAUCACAUGCAUGGUUUUGACGAGCUUUUCAAUUGCAUUCCUUGGAAACUCUUUCUUGAAACCAAACUAUGCAUUGACUCCGGAGGUAUCAAUCUGGUCCUGUGGUUUUGUCAAGUGGUGGGCGCUCUACAAAGCCCAGGAGGCUUCUUCGAGAGUCCUUGCAGUGCAUCUCAGAGGAACAGUGUUCCUCAAGUACUGGUUUGAGAUGCUUGGAGCAAGAAUAGGAUCAUCUGUUUUGCUUGAUACAGUGGAUAUAACGGACCCUUCGCUCGUGUCAAUUGGAAAUGGAGCUGUGAUUGCUGAAGGAGCUCUGAUUCAGGGUCACCAGGUUAACAAUGGUAUCCUGCAAUUCCAACCAAUAAGAAUAGGCAGGAAUUCUACUAUUGGCCCGUAUGCUGUGAUUCAGAAAGGAAGCAUUUUAGGCGACGAUUCCAAUGUACCAGCCCUCCAAAAAGUCGAAAUUGGGAAGCCUGUUCCUAGGUCAACCCGAAUGACUAAUCCUCAAAAGGGUGUCAUACCAGCAAAUCCCCAAGACGAGGCUGUUUACCACUUCAUUGGCAUCUACAGCAUCGGGUUCCUCAGCUCCCUCUCUGCUGCUAUUGUUUAUUUCCUAUACAUUUGGGUCUUUCAACAGUUGCCUUCCCUUCAACAUCUUACUUUUAUCUGCAUCUCGGGAUCAUUACACUGGAUACCAUUCACCCUCGUAUCCUAUGCAACAAUAUUCACUAGUCUACCUGCAGACCCGGCCUUCUUUGCCAUCGCUCUGGCCAUUUCCUACUUUGCCCACGGCUUGAUCCUCUGCCUGUUUACAUCCAUCCUGACCCGUUUACUUGGUGACCAAGAAAAUCAGACCCAGUCACACCUCAAAAUUUGGCUUUCCCACCGAAUCUCCAUAGCCUGCCAUCUCAGGUUUGCCAAACUUCUAUCCGGAACCGAGGCCUUUUGCAUCUACUUAAGGCUUCUAGGGGCAAAAGUGGGCGAGCACUGUUCGAUUAGAGCCAUUAACCCGGUCGCUGAACCGUGGAUGAUUUCGCUUGGUGCUGGAGUGCACCUGGGUGACUUCAGCAGGUUGAUCCCAGGAUUCUACUCUGCUGCUGGAUAUGUCCGGAAUAAGAUUUCCGUGGAGGAUAAUUCUGUCAUCGGGAGCCAAAGCCUUGUCCUUCCUGGUUCCACAGUUGAAAAGGAUGUCAUUCUCGGGGCGCUGUCAAUCGCUCCAAUGAACUCAGUCCUCCAGAGAGGAGGAGUUUACAUUGGGUCUCAGAAUCCUACAAUGAUCAAGAACACGAUGCACGCUUUGGAUGAAAGGAUAGAAGAGAUGGAUGCGAAGUAUAAGAAAAUCGUUGGGAAUUUGGCAGCAAAUCUUGCUGCCACGACUCUCAAGGUCAGGACGAGAUACUUCCAUCGGAUCGGUGUCAGCGGGAAAGGAUACUUGAAGCUCUACGAUGAUAUCAAAGGCUUGCCUGAUCACAGUAUGUUUGGUCCGGGAAGGAAAUACCCAUUGAUAAUUAGGCAUAGCAACAGUUUGAGUGCCGACGAUGAUGCAAGGAUUGAUGCUCGGGGAGCAUCAGUAAGAAUACUUUCAGAAGGCAGCGGAUCUCCACUUCUCGACCUGACCCUCAAGACGGGCAAGGCCUUUUAUGCUCGCACAAUCUCAGAUUUCGCAACGUGGCUUGUGUGUGGGCUCCCAGCCAGGGAAGAGCAUGUCAAGCGGGUUCCACACAUCCGUGACGCAGUGUGGAACUCUCUGCGAAGGGCCAACUCAUAUGCCGAGAUGCAUUACUACUCCAACAUAUGUAGGCUGUUUCGGUUUAAGGAUGGAAAGGAGAUGUAUGGAAAGUUCAAGCUGAGGCCUUAUGAUGAAACAAUCGGCGAAGAUUCGGGGAAGGUUGAGCCCUUGGGAAUCCUCCCACCCGAAACAGGAGCCAUCCCCAGGGACGAGGAUGACACUCGACCAUUACUCUUCCUCGACAAAGAUUUUAAGACCCGCGUGGAAUCACCGGGGGGUGUCCGCUACAUAUUCCAACUCCAACUCCGUCCAAUCCCAGACGACGAAUCUGCUCGGGAUAUUGCCCUCGACUGCACCAAGCCAUGGGAUGAGGAACAAUUUCCAAAAAUAGACAUCGGGGAGAUUGGUAUCGAUCAAAAUCUCAGCAAAGAAGACUCAGAAAGUCUGGAAUUUAAUCCAUUUCUCCGGUGCCAUGAGGUGGAUGUGAUCCGGGCCAUGUCAAGCUCUCAGAGCGCCUCGAUCGAUCACGGUCGUUCGCUGAUUUACGAGAUAUGCCAGCAUCUUCGGAAUGGAGACCCUCUUCCUCAGUCCUGGAGGGUUUUCCUGGAGCAAUCUGACGUUAAAGUUGACCUCUCGGGUUGUCCAAUGGCAGCUGCCCUCGAGAGGAAGGCCGACAAUGAGAGAGUGACCCUAGCCAGAACCUGGUACCAGACCACAUGGGCCCUGCUCGUCCAACCACUGCUGCAGACGAUUUUCCCAUACUUCCUCUUAGGACUGAUCAUCUAUGCUCCACUGAACUCGGUUCUCCGGUACAAGAGCACCGCGAGUACGAAUGUGCAUUGGCUCCUCCCCCUGUUCUGGGUCUCUUCAGGGAUCCUGGCGGCACUGUCAUGCGUCAUUGCCAAAUGGGUUCUCGUCGGUAAGAAGGAGGAAGGCGAGAACAUGUUCAUCUGGAGCCGAGGGGUCUUCAUGGACACGAUAUGGCAGGCUUUCAGGACCAUCGUCGGGGACUACUUUGUGGAUGUGACCUGCGGGUCCCACUGGUACCUCCUCUGGAUGAAGCUCAUGGGGUCCUACGUCGAGCUCGAGCAUGGGGCCUACGUGGACUCCAUGGGAGCCACGCUCAACCCCGAGAUGGUCGUGAUCGAGGGAGACGGAUGUGUGGGGAAGGAAGCCUUGCUGUUCGGGCACGUAUACGAUGGGGAAGGAGGGCAAGUGAAGUUUGGGAAAGUCGUGAUCGAGGAGGGCGGGUUUGUGGGGAGCCGGGCCGUGGCCAUGCCCGGCGUGACCGUGGAGAGCGGAGGGAGCCUCAGCGACCUCUCGCUUGCGAUGAAAGGCGAGACCGUGAGGUCGAGGUAAAACCAUUAGUUCGGAGCAGUGACAGUUUCAGAGUACUCCUCGCGUAACAUAUAAUAUACUAUACUAAAAAUAAAACACGAGCAUACCGACUUACUAGUAUACGUACCGAUUGAGAUUAUAAUCUUUCUGUACGUAGAAUACUUGUAUUUCCGUAGAAGCUGAAGACAAAGGAAAUAAGAUCUCAACGUCAGUGCAACGCAUUGCCGUUUGGAA